AUGGGAGGGCCUUCAAACCAUGUUUCCAAGGUGAACUUCGCGCAAGUCGCACCGCCUUCACCACCACAUAUGGGUUUUGAUAACCCAAUACCUUCUUACGCCGGUGCAGCGGCGUAUAACCCUUUUGAGCAGCCAGGCCAUUCAGGCUAUAACUACUACAAUACCCCCGAUGUUGACCCAUACCUUGUGGCAGCAAACUACAAUGCUCUUCAUCCUGAAGGGCCCUACGGAGCCCCAUAUCAGACUGGUUACCCGGCUUAUGGGUACCAAUACCCGCCACCUCCUCAGGCUCUGCAGCAGCAGCAACCGCAGCCACCUCAAAUCCAGCCACUACAGCAGCAGGAGAUCCUACAAAGGUUGAGUCAGGUGGAGCAGGAGGUUCAAGAAGAGCGUAGAAGCCACCGGGGAUUUCUUAAGGGUUUGCAGUCAAGCUACAUGGCAGAAUCUGAGGAAGUCAACAGUCACCCUAUAGAAAAUCAUGAUACUACUAGGAUCAAUAUAACUGGGGAGGAACUUCGAGCAUUGAUUGAUAAUGCUGUUGCUAAAGCCAUGGAUAGGCAACUUAGGGAAUCAAGUGGUACACAUAGCAAGACCUUAUCAGUACCCCAUUCCAAGUCACACCCUAAGACUCAUUCUGAGGCUCAUAGCAAGCCACCUUCUAAACAUCAUGAGUCAAAGAAGGAUGAUGCUCAACACUCCUCAAAGCAGCAUAGUGUUCCACCUAAGAAGAUUGCAUACCUUACAAGUUUUAAUACCAUGUCUCGAUUGGUUCCAUACUUGGUGACACCGGAACCAAAACGUCUAGCCCGUUUCAUUGGGGGUUUAGCCCCGGAGAUCAAAGCCAGUGUGAAGGCAUCCAGACCUACUACCUUUAGAUUUGUAGCUGAUUUGUCAUUAUCUCUUACCCUUGAUGCGGUCAGGUAG